GAUAGUGGCGGCGGCGGCGGCGGCGGCGGCCGUGGCCGCGGCCGUGAGACGGUCCGCGGAGCCGCCAAGACGCCGAAGAGCCCGCCGCCCGCGCGAGGUGUAGACGGGGCACUGCCUGCAGAGCAGGUCCUGCCAGCCUCGCUGGAGAGGAUGCCCCCGAGUCCGUGAUGGGCUGUGGGACAAGCAAGGUUCUUCCUGAGCCGCCCAAGGAUGUCCAGCUGGAUCUGGUCAAGAAGGUGGAGCCCUUCAGUGGCACUAAGAGUGAUAUAUACAAACAUUUCAUCACAGAGGUGGACAGUGUUGGCCCUCUCAAAGCUGGGUUCCCAGCUGCUAAUCAGUAUGCAAACUCCUGUUCUGGUGCCCCCACUACUGGCCACACAGAGCCUCCCUCAGAACCACCACGCAGGGCCAGGGUGGCAAAGUACAGGGCCAAGUUUGACCCACGUGUUACAGCUAAGUACGACAUCAAAGCCCUCAUUGGCCGAGGCAGCUUUAGCCGAGUGGUACGUGUGGAGCACCGGGCAACCCGGCAACCAUAUGCCAUCAAGAUGAUAGAGACCAAGUACCGAGAAGGGCGGGAGGUGUGUGAAUCAGAGCUGCGUGUGCUGCGCCGGGUGCGCCAUGCCAACAUCAUUCAGCUGGUGGAGGUGUUUGAGACGCAAGAGCGAGUGUACAUGGUAAUGGAGCUGGCCACCGGUGGUGAGCUGUUCGACCGCAUCAUUGCCAAGGGUUCCUUCACUGAGCGGGAUGCUACGAGGGUGCUGCAGAUGGUGCUGGAUGGUGUUCGAUACCUGCAUGCCCUGGGCAUCACACACCGAGACCUCAAGCCUGAGAAUUUGCUCUACUACCAUCCAGGCACUGAUUCCAAGAUCAUCAUCACUGACUUUGGCCUGGCCAGUGCCCGMAAGAAGGGCGAUGACUGCCUGAUGAAGACCACCUGUGGCACGCCUGAGUACAUUGCUCCUGAGGUCCUCGUCCGCAAGCCAUACACCAACUCUGUGGACAUGUGGGCACUGGGUGUCAUUGCCUACAUCCUGCUCAGUGGUACCAUGCCCUUUGAGGAUGACAACCGCACCCGGCUAUACCGGCAGAUCCUCAGGGGCAAGUACAGUUAUUUGGGGGAGCCCUGGCCCAGUGUAUCCAAUCUGGCCAAGGACUUCAUUGACCGCCUGCUGACAGUGGACCCUGGAGCCCGUAUGACUGCACUACAGGCCCUGAGGCACCCAUGGGUGGUGAGCAUGGCAGCCUCUUCAUCCAUGAAGAAUCUGCACCGCUCCAUCUCCCAGAACCUCCUCAAGCGUGCCUCCUCACGCUGCCAGAGCACCAAGUCGGCCCAGUCCACCCGUUCCAGCCGCUCCACACGUUCCAACAAGUCACGCCGAGUGCGGGAGCGGGAGCUGCGAGAGCUCAACCUCCGCUAUCAGCAACAAUACAAUGGCUGAGCCACCAGCUGUGGCACAAAUACGACAUGGUCCCAGACUGGCUGGGCUCGGCUGUGCCCUCUGGGCCUGACAUCCUCUGUGAAGACAGGCCUCAUGGUUAGUGGUAUAUAGAGAAUGUCUGGCCCUGGCCCUUUCUCUGUGCCUUUAGCAGCCCCUGACCUUAUCAUGGGCCUGGGCCUGGUGUGAUGGAGUCGAGGUAGCCCAGGAGGGUCAUGACUCCCCUGAAAUGGGAGCCUGGCCUGGCACUGAUACCCUUUUUGGUGGGUAGCUGCUUUGUGACUUGGGGAAAGGGACAGGACCUGGCCUUCACUGUCUUCCUCAUUCUUUGGAUCUUUUCCAACUGAAGGGUCCUGCAGUCCUGGGAGUGAAGGGUGUCCUAUGGUCCAGGACCCUUUGGAGUAGUUACUUUGGGCACCCCCUGUUUUGCCACAGAACCUUCCUUCCUAGCUCCCCACAUUCCAUGCCAUUCUGAUYCUUCAGAUUAUGCUCCAGUGGCUCGGGAGGUUGAAGCAGAAGGAACAUGAGUUCAGAGCCAGCCUUAGCAACUUAA